AUGACGAAUAUGUCAGAUGUCACUUCCCGCCAACGAGAACCCCUUGAAGAUAACAAUCAACAGGCGAAAGCGGAGGCGCCGUCGGGGCUAGAAACCAACCCACAAACGAACCCCAAAGAAAGUGUCACUCAACCUAUGGAGUCUAUUUUUACCUCCGGAUUUCUUGCAGAGGUAUACAAGGAGAAGCCCCUAGGGUCUGCUGGGGUCGAUAGGAUUGUCACUCGUUUUCCCCCAGAACCAAACGGUUUCCUUUACUUAGGAUAUAGCAAAGCUAUCGUAGUCAAUUUCGGGUUCGCGGAACAUCAUGGUGGGGAUUGUUAUUUAUGCUACGAUGACACCAAUCCUGCGAAAGAAGAGGAGAAGUAUUUCACAGCUAUUGAAGAGAUUAGGGCUGUUGACGAUAUCCGCCUCGGCAGAUAUUAUUCGACCGGAUAUCGGCGGCGGAUACGAUAUUCGCUGUUCUUUCCACGUCGGAUACGAAUAUCGAAUAUUAUUCGACUGCUGGUCAUGCCGGCAGAUACGAUAUCUGCCAUACCGCGCCGAUAUUCGAAUUAUCCGCCGUACAUUCAAUCAUACGGAGAGAGAUGA